AGAGAGAGAGCGAGGAGAGGGAGAGUAGACUGAGAGAGAGAGAGAGAGAGGUGACAGAUACCGAGAGAGAGGGUGAGAGGUAAGGGUGAGAGCGAGCGUGAGAGAGAGAGGGAGAGAGAUAGAGAGAGAAUCAUUGCUGAAAGUUAGAGACAUAUACACACGAAAGACAGUGUGUUAGAGAGAGAGAGAGAGAGAGAGAGAUAGAGAGAGACACAGAGACAGAGAGAAAGAGAGAGAGAGAGAGAGAGUGAGUGACGUCCUCUCGUUCUCACACACCACGUGGACCUCUCACCACCACCACCACCACUACGACCUCCACCACCACCACUACCACCACUCGCCCGAACGACCUUACUGGCACUUCCCCGCGAGGACUCCGAGAACAGAAGCCAGAAGCCCGCACACCAUGGAGAAGGCGGCCACAUACACCGUCAUGGCGCCUCCACACCCAUGCAAGAGGCAGUGGGUGGUAUGGGCGGCUGUGGGCGUGAGUGUGGUGGCGCUGGUGGUUGCCUGUGUCACUGCUGCGGUGGUGAACGAACAGGCGGGAAGAAUUAACCAUCUCGAGGGUCGUUUGAUGGAGACAGAAAGCCACAUUGAAAACAUACUCAGGUUAACAAUUGCUAACCAUGAGUUUGACUACCAGUACUACGAUGACGACGACUACCUCUACGAUGACGACCAGGUGGACGGGCAGGAGGGAAUCACAGUUCGCCAGGUAGUGAGGAGAAGACGGCAGGUGAACAGCAACGAAAACGAGCUAUCUGACACCCCAAACGUGCCAAUAUACGACAGAUCUUAUGGCAUUGAUCUCAAGACACACGCCGCCCCGAAAGGUCUCCGUCUCUACGAUUCCCUAUUGGACAGCGAGACGACCGAGGACCAAUCAGGAAGCGAGGACACACCUGAGACCACGGAGAGCCCAAUCAAACCCUAUCACAGAGUAAGCAACUUGUGGGUGCCAAAGAGGCGACGCCCGAGGUUGCCAAGCUCCUCAGGCACUCCCACCCUUUCCUCCAGGACUGUUGUACGUCAGGUUGACUCUACUAAUGGUGACGCCUUCGGAAUACCCAGCGGCCCCGCGCCACUCCUUAGGUCCCGGCUGACUCAGAGGAGGUCCCACACCAAGAGCCUGCACGGAUCCAGGCGAGCGCCGAAAAGACAACAAAAGCAGCGGGCCCGUUCUGACAAGAGUCCUGAAUCAGUUGUCUUCCGCACUUCAUUCGUAAAGGCCACCUCCCGCCACGAUGGGUACACGAGCUCCAACAGUGUAGUGUCCCAGGGCCCUGAGAGUCUGGAGAUCCCGAAGGUGGUGGAGCAGAACCCGGAAAGGACAGCACCAGCGGAGUUUGCACAUCCCCCUACCAGUAACUUAUAUGGCAAGAAGCUGAAGAGGAGACUGAGGAACAAGCAGCACAGAAGAUGGCGCCGAACUCGUCCCCUUAUCACUCUUGCCCACUUCGGCGCCUCCUCCGUCAACACUACAUCUCAUGGUUACCACGGCGCCGGGGAACACCUGGACUGGACACCUGCUAACUGGAUGGACAAACUCGGCCUGAACAGCAAAUACACUCUGGACGAAGGAACUGUCACGGUGAAGGAACCUGGUCUCUAUUACCUUUAUGCUCAGGUUCUCUAUGAGUCCGGCAGGUCGGGCGCAGGUUACCAAAUCCUUGUGGACGACAUUCCGAUCCUAGAGUGUCAGCUGCCCGCCCUCAGGCCCGCCCCAACCUGCCUCACCAGCGGCCUCUCCUUCCUGCCCAGGAACGCCAAGGUAAGAGUGCGUGAUCUGAUGAGCAAUUUGGUAACCGUGAGGCGGCACCAAAACACCUUCUUCGGCCUGGUAAAGCUGAUGGACGCUCGCUACACGGCGGAGGAAAUGCUGCUGGCCUGAAGGAGGGGCGAAGCAGCGGGAAGAGAGAGAGAGAAGAGACGCAGAACCAAGAUGAGUGAAAAUAUUGCUUGAAAAAUAUGAAUGAUGAAUAAAAUGGAUGGAUAAAAUGAGAAAUGGAAGGAAAUCCAGGAAUGACUAAUAAAAAAUGUAAUAAAGAUAGAAAAAAAGUGUCUAGAUGAAAGAUAUGUGAUACUAAAACAAAAUUAAUGAACGGUAAUAUGACAAAAAAUUGAAAAAAAAUACAUGAAUAACUAACGCGAAUGUAAUAGAUAGGGAAAAAAAAUUGAAAUGAGGGACAAAUAAUGAAAAAGAAAGAAAAAGAUAAACAAACAGUAAUGUGAUGAAAAAAUAAAGAAAAUACACGAAUAACAGUGAUAAGAAUGAAAUAGAGAUAGAAAAAACUGACAAAAUUGAUGAAAAAAAAAAAAAACGAAACAUACUAGUGAAAAAAUACUAGAAAUACGAAAUACAAACAGAAAUUAAAACACAAAAAAGAAAGUAGAGAUAAGUUAUAGAGUUUUUCACUGUUAUUUCUGUGCUAAAUACGGAAAUAACACUGAAAAAGCUAGGAAGCGCAAAAAAUAUAACAAAACAAAGGAAACAAGAAGGAAAAAGGAUAAGAGAGUAAAUGACAUAAGAAAAAGAGGAAACGAAACAAUAGAAGAUAAAGAAAGAGAGAAUCCAGGGAGCAAAGAAGACGUAAUAAGGAAAAUGUGGAAGAAAUAUAGGAAGGAGUCAUUGAAAUACAUAAAAAAAAGUAGAGAAAAAAAUUGAAUUGUGAAAAAGAAUGUUUGUAUACUGAGGGAAAUUAUAAAAAUGUAAGAGAAUGAAAAAAAGAUAAAAAAAUGAAAAAAUGAAAAAGGAAAAGAGGGAAAUAAUGAGGAAAGAGGUAAAAAAAAAGAGAAAAAUAAAGGAAAUGAACGAUGAGAAUCUUGAAGGAAAAGAUGUAGUAAAUAAUGGAUUAGGAAAAAGAGAAGAGGAAAAUAAUGAGGAAAGAGGUAAAAUAAGAGAAAAAAAAUAAGAAAAUUAACGAUGAGAAUAAUGUAGGAAAAGAUGUAACAAAUAAUGCAGUAAAUAAUAAAGGAUUAAGAGAAAGAGAAGAGGGAAAUAAUGAGGAAAGAAACAGAGGAAAGUCGAAACAAUGGAGGAACACAAAUAAGGAAUCACAA